AUGCCCGGCCGCAUCUACGGCCCACUUCCUGAGGGGGCGACAAUCAACCACUCGAGAGGGAGAACAACUAUCCACUUCGGGACGGGGGGUGGCAACUUCAAUAUCGUGGGAGGAGACAUUUACUUCACUGGAAACGGAGGUGGUCGACGAGGUUCUGGUGGCCCCAACCGAGGGCGGGGGCGCCGUCAGAGGCGACAUGAGAACGAACGGGCUCCUCACCGUGCUGGGAAUCAGCUUGAGCACCCAAGCCAGCCGAACCCAUCCGCGAGAACCGCCAAGCCGAGUCCGACUUCGAAGAACACCCAGGACCCAGCCAAAAAGGCCAGCACUUCGAACCCCCCCAUGGAUACUGCCAAGCCAAGCCUACCGACGAAGAACACCGAGGGAAGCCGGGCUGGGAAGAAUACUUCGGGGGGCCUGACGGGGACGGCCGAUUAUGAGGCUACACCAAGUACUGGGAAGGCCACCGAGACCGGGUCUUUCGCGAAGACAGUCGAGGCGAGCCCGCAUGCGCAAACUACCAACACAGUUUCACCCAAAUGA